AUGCGAACUGGCCAGUAUUACAGAUCCAUGAUUAAACCUUCUGGCCCGAACACCGCUACCCCGAUCGCUUAUUAUCCUCCGGUGAGUUACGAUCGAACUGGAGAUAGAUCAUCAUCAGCUCAAUUUAUUGUUUGGAUGAAUGAACGCAGGUGCCAAUCGAAAGAUCUUUAUGAAGAUACUAACGGUGAGUGUAUUCAAAAUGACAAAACUGGAAGAAGUGAAGAUAUAUACAAAAGGUUACUAGCAACAGAUCUUUUGAAAA